AUGCCCGAGCCGUUGCCCCCUACACAGCUGCUGGUGUCGGAGCGGGCCGUGGUGCUGGUGUCCUGCGUGCUCUCCUCGCUGGGCUCCAGCCUGCUGGUCUGCACCCAUGCACUGUGGCCGGAGCUACGCACCCGGCCCCGCCAGCUCCUGCUCUACCUGUCGCUGGCGGAUCUUCUCUCAGCCCUUUCCUACUUCUACGGGGUGCUACAGGACUUCGACAGGACCUCCUGGGACUGCGUGCUGCAGGGUGCCCUGUCCACCUUCUCCAACACUAGCUCCUUCUUCUGGACCAUGGCCAUUGCCCUUUACCUCUAUAUCACCAUUGUGAGGGGCUCACCCACAGGCACGGGCUUGCUUUGCUGCUUCCACGUCGUGAGCUGGGGAGUCCCCCUUGGCAUUACGGUGGCAGCUGUUGCUCUGAAGAAGAUUGGCUACGAUGCCUCCAACGUUUCUGUGGGCUGGUGCUGGGUUAACUUGGACGCAGAGGAUCAUCUCUUGUGGAUGUUGCUAACAGGGAAAGUCUGGGAGAUGCUGGCCUAUGUGACUCUUCCAGUGCUCUACAUUCUCAUCAAGAAGCACAUUAACAGAGCACAUGCAGCUCUCUCAGAGUAUCGCCCCAUUCUCUCAAGAGCACCUGCAUUCCAGCCCCGGACUUCCAUGGCAGAUAAGAAGUUGAUUCUCAUCCCUGUCAUCUUCAUCAUCCUCCGCAUCUGGAGCACUGUCCGGUUCAUCCUGACCCUCUGCAACUCCCCUGCAGUGCAGAAUUCAGUCCUGGUUGUCUUGCAUGGAAUUGGUAACACGUUCCAAGGAGGUGCCAACUGCAUCAUGUUUGUCCUCUGUACGCGGGUGGUGCGGACUCGGCUGCUUUCCUCCAUCUGCUGCUGCCACUACGAUGAGGCAGAAUGGCAAAGAUCAAACAGCCACUGGCAGAGCCCAGAACCCCACAGGGACAAGGAUGUGCCAGGCCCUGAGCAGACAAAACCUCUGCUUUCCAGCACCUGAGCCUGGGC